AUGCGAAGGAAACUCAUUAAAAACCGAUCCUACGAGGUUUAUGAAAUGCAAAAAUGCAUGGAUUUCGGAUAUCUGGUACAUGUUCCGCAGUACCUGGCAGUAGAAGCUGACCUGGCACAAACGAUACCCAAUCAUGCAAGCCACUUGAUGAUGAAAGCCGUUGUGUCAGAUUAUGAUGGACGCUAUAGCACUGGGUCGGUUCGAAAUGGCUUAACAGCAUCAGAAUCUGAAACAAAAUAA